UUUCGUCUCCUGGCUGGGCUUUCUUUGGUCUUUUUUGGGAUUGUCUUCCUAGAGAUGGUCAGGGGGUCGGAGGGGAGGGUGUCCGUGAGGCUUCUGCAGUGGAGAGUUUCUGCUCUCUAACUCCCGGGGAGCGAGAAGACCCAGGUGGACCAGUUGCAGGCGCACAAAGAGAAAGUCUCCCCAACUUGGGGCUCUGACCCCAUGAAGGACCACAGUCUGGCCUAAGCACAGACCUUAGAACCAGAGGGAAUGGCCACCCAGAUGGAGAGGCCCCCAUCCCAGGGGUCAAUAACAUUCAAGGAUGUGGCUGUGGACUUCACCCAGAAGGAGUGGUGCCUGUUGGACCCUUCUCAGAAAGAGCUGUACAGGGAGGUCAUGCUGGAGAAUGUGCAAAAUCUACUCUUUGUGGAGGCAGAGACUAACUUUGAAGAAAAGGAUAUGUCUGCAAAGCUGCGCUUUUUUGUGGAGGGAUCUGGCCCUCCAGGAGUCAUGAAUAAGGGUCCCUGUGACUUCAUUUUGAGAGAAAUCUGUGACUCUAAUAUCAAGUUUUUUCUCUUAGGUCACCCAGAAAUGUCCUCCAUCAUUACAUUACUGCUAGUAGAGAAGUCCAUUACAUUAGAUUGUGCCAGUGUAUCCAUCUCUGUGUAUAUGGUUCUCCUGGUUCUGCUCCUUUCACUCUGCAUCGAUUCCUGGAAGUCAUUCCGGUUCUCAUAGAAUUCCUCUACUUCAUUAUUCCCUUUAGUGCUAUAGUAUUCCAUCACCAGUUGAUACCACAAUUUGUUUAGCCAUUCCCCAAUCAAAGGGC